UUGAGCACUCUCCCCAUCCCAUCAACAGGAGAGGGAAAGCGGAUCGCUCCUCGCUUUGCCCUCAGGAUCUUUGUUUCGGAUUUAAAGGUGUUUUGCGGUGGUUGGUCGCGGUGGUUAUUUGCUUCUCGUCUACCCGUAACGAUCCGGCUGGGGAAAUUUGGGUGAGAAACAGCACGGCUCCUGCUUUAAUCGCAAUUUAAGGGUGAUUUUCCCACCUUUUCCCCCCUUCUACUCCUCCGCCUGCCGCUUUAAUUCCCCUCUCCGCAGUUCUGCUGGGGAAAGCACGGGGAAAAGAAGCAACCCGUUUAUUUUUGAGCACGGCAGCGUGGUUUAUUCAACCAUUUUGGGGCUCCGUUAUUCAUUUCCAAUGCCCUUUUACCGGGGGGCGGCCGCUUGUUUGCACUCAGAGCCCCACGCCGGGUCUCGGAGGACGGACUCGAGGCCCCUCGACGCCAGCCCUUAUCUCCCCAGUGCACAUUUUCCCCCGGGGCCAGCGGCAAAUUUCUCCCACCUCUCGCAGGAUUUCUCUGGACGCGAGAGAGUUGGACUCGGCUUAUCUCAAUUUUAAGGAUUUUUCUCACUCAAAUAAACCUUGUCGGAUUUGAUUGCCCGAGAAAAUGAAUGGUGGAGGCAGAGGUGGAUUUAAGGUGGAUUCAUCCCUGAGCCAGCACAAGGAGUGGGGAUUUUGGGGGAUAAUCGUAUCUACAAGCCGGGAGGGGAGGACGUCGCGGGCGCGAUGGCUUUCUUCCUCAAACCACGGCCACGCACGUGGGAUCUUGCUCUGGACUACCACACGGUAAAACAGUUUGAAGGUAACCAAAGGCAGCCGGAGAGGAGCAAAGCACCGAUUCCUGAUGUUUUCUGGGCUGCAUCAAUGGACGUGACCCUGGAUCCAGCCACGGUGGGUCCCGAGGUGAUCCUCUCCGAGGACCUCAAAGAGGCCACCUGGGGUAGACCUGGACGCCGGUGGCCUGAGGGUCCGGGCCGGUUCGACACGGAUCCGUGCAUGUUGGGCAGCGAGGGCUUUAUCUCGGGCCGUCACUACUGGGAGGUGGAGGUGAACGGGCGCUUCUGGGCCGUUGGGGUGGCCCGCGAGUCGGUUCAGAGGAAAGGCCGGGUCCUCUUCAAGCCCAACGCCAAGAUUUGGGGCUUGCAGAAGUAUGAUGAGCUCUGCGUGGCCCUCACGGCUCCUUCCAACACCUCCGUCCCGCUCCUCAACGGGGAGAUCGGGGUCUACCUGGACUACGAGGUGGGCCAGGUCUCCUUCUACGCAGUCGGCAGCCGCCAACUCAUCUUCACCUUCCCCGUGGCCUCCUUCAGCGGAGAGAGGGUCUUCCCCUACUUCUGCGUGCUCCUCUCCACCAUCAAAGUGUCCCCCAAGGGUUGAUGCGCCGGCAGGGUCCCCCCGAAGCUGGUUGCUCCACGGCGGUUGGCAAUGCUCCUUGAUGUUCCUCAACUCUUAUUUACCAGGUCUCGGAGCCAUUUCCACCUCAGCUCAUGGUCCUACCUCCAUCUUAGACGUCUCCAUUUUGGGUUACAUCCAGCGGGUUUCGGGUCCGAGCUCAGUGCGGCUCG